AUGCAGAAGACGAUAGGUCGGUACCAAAAGUAUGCAGCGGCAGGGCUGGAAGUCGACAAGAGAGGUGCAGAUUACUGCAUUCAGCAACUCAAGCAAGAAUCCGCUUCUAUGGCCAAGAACAUUGAGCAGCUGGAAGCCUCCAGAAGGAAGCUAUUGGGAGAACAGUUGGGGUCGUGUUCCCUGGAAGAGAUCCGAAACAUAGGCGAGCAGUUGGAAAGAAGCUUAACAAACAUCCGACGCAGAAAAGAUGAGAUGUUCAUGGAGCAGAUGAAGCAACUAAGGUUACAGGAAAGGGAGUUGCUACAACAGAAGGCAACUUUAUGUGAAAAGCGUUGUGAGAAUCCACGGGAAUCGUCGAAACGAGCUGGGACAGGAAACGAGGCGGUGGUGGCACCGGCGCCGGCAGGAAGUAGCGUGGGACUGGUCAGCAAUGAAAGUUCGACGGUGGAGACCACGUUGUCAAUCGGACUCCCAACGGCACUACGGUAG